GACGAUGGAAAAUGACGACGGAAAGGCGGGCGAGAUAGAAAUGUUACGGGAGACCCGAUUUCUCACCGGAAGCAGGUACGAGGGAACGUGGGACGCGACCGACAUGACGGGCGCCGGCAGAUACGUCACGCCUUACGACGUCGUGCUAGAGGGAGAAUUCCGGGACGGCGUGCUUCACGGUCGCGGGAGUGUGCACUGGCCGCGUGGACAAAGGAUGGACGCCACUUGGAUGCGCGGGAAAAUGGUGCAGAGGCGUUACACGUUCGCGGACGGUUUGUCGUACGGAGAACACGGAUGGGAUUAUUGCGUGUCUCCCGACAGGCGAUAUUACAAGUGCGUCGUGAACGGCCUGAGGCCAGCCGGAAAAGUGCUGAAAACUAACGAUCAGCCAACGAAAAUUAUUCCUCCGUUUUGCUACGACACCGGUGCUGGGAUAUUCGACCCGGACAGCAAUUGUGUAACGUCGUAUCAUAAUUGUAAAAAAGUAAAAACACUUCUCGAUAGCGAGAUAAAGACAUAAAAGAUAUAUAUACAUAUAUAUAUUUGUUCUUGAUAAGUAAUGUAGGAUGCGCGAUAUUUAAAUUCGAUAAAGAUACUCAAGAUUCCAACCGCGAUAGAAAGCGCGUGGAUAGAGAAAAAUUGUCGAAAAGGCUGGUCAGAGCCGACUGGUCAUCAAGAAUGGUUGCGCGAAUAUUGGCAAUCGGGAGCGGCGGAUUUUGCAACGUUACCGCAAGACGACGAAGCGGAAAAUUGGUGGCAAAGGUAUAUCGGUGUAUAAGAAGCCAGUUGUGGCAACAUUUAUUUGAAACAAGACCCAGCGAGAAAUUAUUCUUUGAAUCAUCUCUUACUGGGGAGUAAAGUUUCGCAUAAACAUAGGUUGAUCACACUUUAAUUUCCCUCUUUUAAUUAUAACAAAUGAUACAAAAUGUUGAAAAGUACUUUUAAAAAAUAAAGCCACAUAAAUAUU